GGGGACAUAAUGUCUCCAUCUCUGUCGAGGACACGUACACUCGACUGCCUGAAACUGGUCACAUGAAAUGCGGUGGCAUAAACACUGCGCGGAGUAUGUUUAGUCUUGGCGUUGCGUCUGUUUCUUGAUAAGCAUGGCUGGUUCUCUGCGCAAAUCCGGAACAUUUUUAAAAUUUCCUCACCAGACAGGCGUGUUCUCUCUUCGCUGUGUUACCAGUCCAUCACGAUGGGCAUCUACCAAAGUGGGAAUGGCGUCACACAUUCACCGGCAAUCUGCGAACCCGGGCCUUGGGCGGAUCACGGCGCCAGCAGCAGCUACGCAGCAUGACAAAGUAUCGAUGUUUUUUGGGGACCCAUGUGUGUUGUUCAAACACAAAACAACAUGGGAGUUGUUUCGUGCGCUGGUUGUUUUUAAGCUGUGCUCCUGGGACCGUCUUGUGGAUCACUCGGUGACGUUGAUGAGACUGGGGCAGCGAUUGCUGGGGACGAGGUUGUUCUCUGCAGUCAUGAAACCCGUCUUCUACGGGCAGUUUGUGGCGGGAACAAGCAAGGCUGAAGUCCUGGACUGUGUUUCCAGGCAACGAAAAGCUGGAAUUGGACCCCUUCUGUCCGUGCCAAUUGAACAGGACGUUAGCAGCAGCAACACAAAUGAAGAGUGUUAUGACGACAACCUGCAGGUGAUUCUCAACUGCAUCAAUAUGACGGCGGAAGUUAAAGACAAGAUCCCAAUGAUGCACAUACGCAUGACAAGCGUCCUUCCCGCCAAUCUCUGCCUAAGUCUCAGCAAAGUGUUUCCAGAACCGUCCACAAACCCAGAACGGGUAAAGGAAGUUGCCGAUGCCAUGGAAACCGGUAAAACGAUGGUCGUCCCUGGACUGUCUGAGACAGAGCUGAGUCAGUUCUGGAAGAGCCUCGCGAGACUUAAAACCAUUGGGCAGCUCGCUGUGAAGAAGGAUGUGAUUGUUAUGGUGGACGCUGAGUAUACGUACGUCAACCACGCCCUCAACCUCGCCACCCUCGCCAUGAUGCUCAACUACAACGUGGACAACGCCCUCGUGUUCUACACCUACCAGAACUACCUCAAGUCUACGCCCUUACGUCUACGGCGUGACCUCGACCUCGUCGACAAAUACGGGGUGUGUUUCGGCGCCAAGGUCGUGCGGGGAGCGUACAUGGAGAAGGAACGGAUGUUGGCCAAAACCCAGGGUUACCCUGACCCCAUCAACGACACCUUCGACGACACCAGCAGCAUGUACCACGAUUCAAUGGAGCUGUUGUUGUCGAGGAUCAGCAAGGACCCCAAACUGACUCGCAUCAUCAUCGCUACACACAACAUUGACACUAUAAAACUAGCCAAAGAAAGAUUGAAGCACUACAAUAUUGACCUGGAAACUAGAAGUGUGUUCUUCGGGCAGGUGUACGGCAUGGGGGAUCACAUCUCGUGUCGUCUCGGUUAUGACGGCUACCCAGUGUACAAGUCCAUCCCGUACGGCUCCGUCACCGACACCCUGCCCUACCUGUUACGCCGGGCCCAGGAGAACAGGGCUGUCCUGCAGGGGGUCAGGCAGGAGAAGGACCUCUUCAAGACGGCGUUAAAGGGGAGGUUUUGGGGCAACAGCGGGGUGUAGGUUGGUUGAAAGUGUUUUAACGAAUCCAACAGAUGCGGCAAUUAUGAUGUCACCUUUCCUUGUUGCCUUUGCCCUGUAACCUGGAACGUUGACUUUCAUCACUGCCAGAUCCCUUGACCCCUGCUCUGUUACCUUGACCUCUGACUUGAUACUUUGACCCCUGCCGUGACCCUUUGACCAGUGACCUGAUAACUUGCAUGUGAUUACCUGAAAGGCCAUAUCCUGUCUCCCAGACCCAAGAGAAUAAAUGAAAUAGGAGUCAAACUCAAGUCUAGAAUGAUUUGGCAAGUCAAGAUUGCUUCAGUUCAGAAAGGACGAUAUAUCUGGGCUCCUUUUGGGAUAAAUAAAUCUUUGUAUAUUUGUAAAUAUGGUAACUUUAUUCUUAGACGAAAUGUCAGUCUAGCAAGGCCAUAGAACCUGUUACUGAAGGUUGAGUAUUAUUUGUGCCUCCAUGUCAGUUUCAUGUACGAUGGUUGGUUGUUUAUGAACAUAAAAUAAUGAAUAUACAUGUAUUAUACCCCUGACUGUCGUAUAAUGACCAGUUGGUGAUUAUAACAGGGCAUAGUGUUCCGGUCUGAACCUACUCAGUGUAAGUGUAUAUAAAAGAAACAUCCCUUGGAAGAAACAUAUACUCACACACACACACACACACACACACACACACACACACACACACACACACACACACACACACACACACACACACACACACACACACACACACACACACACACACACACACACACGAAAACAAGUGGUAAAUGUUUUGAAACACGACGUGCAAGCGGCAUACUGAAAGAUUACCCAAGGUGAAGUUUAACGUGUUAGUGAAAGCCACGGGUAUGGAUUUGGUGAUAACAAGCCAAAGAUAAUUAUUGGGCGAAUCUGGGUAUUAAACCCCAGGCCAGCUGAUCCUGGUACGUCCAAGGGACGCCACUCAACACAGAAACACCAGAAUCUACCACAAGACUAUCUAUAUGAUCUGAAGUUAUACUGAGAUUUACCUUGAAGACGUGUUUUUUUCGUUCACCUUAGAAAGUGAACGUUUUCAUCACGAUGUGAAUCGGAAUGCCAAUGAAACUGAUUCUCUACAGAUCUGAAACGAGAGCCUUCAGUAGGAGUUACGAAUGGAAGACAAAGUGACUUUUUUACCUUCAAGACAAAGCAUGUGCUACAGCUGAUUCCGCCAUCAGCCAAUAAGUGACAGUUGAUUCCGAUGGCGAGAGAUCCUCUUGCGGACACGAACUCUUCCUAAAGCCACUUGUGGACGAGGACAUUUUAAUACCAAGGAGAGUCGUGCCCUGGUGCCAAUUACAGAUGUCAAAAUACUUUAAACAUUUUAUUCUGUAUUUUCACCGUCGAGAUUUCAGAUUUAUUCAAGAACAGAUAACUUCUGAAAAGAGUCUGGUAAAUAUUGGCUAUAAAUUGUAUUGUAUAUAGAACCACAUUGCCAUAGAAAGGACUCGUAUAAAGUGGCUAAGCCUCUUAAAUACUUUGA